AUGCUUUCCACCCUCAGAGUCACCAGCCGCCAGGCUGUCGCCCGUGAGUCAGGGAUGCGCGCUUUGUUGACCGGAGUGCGCGCCGGCUCGACCUGGGCCAAUGUUCCCCAGGGACCUCCGGAUGCCAUCCUGGGUAUCACCGAAGCCUUCAAGGCUGACUCUUUUGGCGAGAAGAUCAACCUGGGUGUUGGUGCUUACCGUGAUGACAAGGGCAAGCCAUACGUCCUCCCCUCCGUCCGCACCGCCGAAGACAAGGUCGUUGCUUCCCGUCUCGACAAGGAAUACGCCGGCAUCACUGGUAUCCCGUCGUUCACCAAGAAGGCUGCCGAGCUCGCCUACGGUGCCAACUCGCCUGCCCUGAAGGAGGACCGUCUUGCGAUCACACAGUCCGUCUCCGGAACUGGCGCCCUCCGAAUUGGCGGUGCUUUCCUCCAGCGCUUCUACCCUCACGCAAAGAAGCUCUACCUGCCCACUCCCAGCUGGGCUAACCACAAUUCUGUCUUCAAGGACUCUGGCCUGGAGAUUGGCACAUACCGUUACUACAACAAGGACACCAUCGGCCUCGAUUUUGACGGUCUCGUUGCUGACCUGAAGGCUGCCCCCGAGAACAGCGUUAUCUUGCUGCACGCUUGCGCUCACAACCCGACGGGUGUUGACCCCAGCCAGGAGCAAUGGCGCAAGGUCAGCGACGUUGUCAAGGAGAAGGGUCACUUUGCUUUCUUCGACAUGGCUUACCAGGGUUUCGCCUCUGGUGACGCCGACAAGGAUGCUUUCGCUCCUCGCUACUUUGUUGAGCAGGGCCACAACAUUGCUCUGUGCCAGAGCUUUGCUAAGAACAUGGGUCUCUACGGUGAGCGUGUGGGCGCAUUCUCUCUUGUCUGUGCUUCGGCCGAGGAGAAGAAGCGUGUCGAUUCGCAGCUGAAGAUCCUCAUCCGCGCUCUGUACUCGAACCCGCCCAUCCACGGUGCUCGUGUUGCCUCGACUAUCCUGAACGACGCCGAGCUUAACAAGCAAUGGUUGGGUGAGGUCAAGGGCAUGGCCGACCGCAUCAUUGAGAUGCGUGCUCUCCUGAAGAAGAACCUUGAGGAUUUGGGCAGCAAGCAUGACUGGUCGCACAUUACCAACCAGAUUGGCAUGUUCGCCUACACUGGCUUGAAGCCAGAGCAGAUGGACGUUCUGGCCAAGGAACACUCUGUCUAUGCCACCAAGGACGGACGUAUUUCUGUCGCUGGUAUCACCACUGCUAACGUCAAGAGACUGGCCGAGUCUAUCUUCAAGGUGACUGGUUAG